AUGGCCUCUCGAGCAACAUCACCGUCACCACCAACAGAUCAAUUGAAAGAAGAUACUGAAUCUACGAUCGAACCAACUCAACGGAUUGCAUCACCACCUCCAGUUUUACCUAGUAUUACCCAGGAAGAUGGAGGAAGUGAUACCUUUGGAUUCGAAUUACUUGAGUUAGCAAGAAAACAAGAAACUGAGAAUCAAGCAUUACUUCACUUCCUCUCAGGAUCAACUGAAACUCCUUCGAAACCUGAAUUAACAAAACCUGAAUCAAAAGAAAAGGCUAUCUCAAGUUUCAAUGAUCAUAAAGGAUUAAAUUCAGAAGCAUUAUUAGAUGAUUUAAUUCCUUCAAAAGAUCCUUGUUAUCUUAAUAUGAAAUUAAGAGAUUCAUCUGUUUUACUUUUACAUUCGAUCACAGCUGAAAGUGUUUAUUCAUUUAUAAUUUCUUUAGCUAAAGAUUGUUAUGAAAUUUAUUUUGGUUCGUCAACAAACCAAAAUACUUUAGAAAAGGAUCAAGAAGUAAAAGAAGGAAAGAAGGGAUUCGAAUUUAAUGAAGAUGAAAAAGAAAUGAUCAUUGAAGAGAAUUGGAUUAGGAUUAAGAAAUCUAUUGAAAAGAAUCGAAAUAGUUUAUGUUCUAAUGCCAGAUUAGAAUCACAACUUUUAGUUGCUCAACAUUUACUCGAAGCUAGAUCAAGGUCUUCUUCUUCUUCAACAACAACAGAUAAUCUAAAUUAUGCAGAUCAAAUAGCUGAAGAAGUUUCAACUGAAUUAAAUCAAUUGGUGAAAACUAGAGAAGAAUCUAUUGAAGAAGGAACAAAGAUUAGAGAAUUGAUUAGUGUGACUGGUAAUGUGUUUUGGGAUAAAGUGAAGAUUCCUUUAUUAUCUAAUCCUUGA